GAGUCAUCCGAUUUCAAAAUCAUAACGUUGCAAUUACAUAUCAUUGAUCGUAAAUUUCUCUCUGAAAAACCUUUUUACUAGAAAAAGGGACAAGCCCACAUUAAAUUAAAUAACUAAACACACGCAAACACUCCAUUUCGCGCUACUCUCUUUAACUCCUAGCGUUUGGGCGCUACACUUCACAGUAUCUUCAUUCGAAGGUGGAGUUUUGAUAUUCAUCAUAGUGCUUUCAUAAGAUUGCCUUAGCUGAAUGGCAGCCGGGAGGAACAGACAGCCUUUUUUAUCUAAAAAGAGUUACCCAAUGGCAUCUAAUGAGACAUGGGCAAGAAACUUGAGCAAGAACCAGCUUGGAGGUGUCAUAUUCGGGUGCACAAAACAAACUAUGGAAGAAUGUCAUGCCAAACAACUCUUUGGCCUGCCAGCAGCACAUUUUUCAUAUGUAAAGAACAUUGAUCCAGGUUUACCCCUGUUUCUAUUCAACUACAAUGAAAAAAAACUUUAUGGUAUAUAUGAAGCUGCUAGCUCAGGGAAAAUGAAUAUUGAUCCAUAUGCUUGGACAAUAGAUGGUUCUGACAAAACAAGGUAUCCAGCUCAGGUUCAAAUACGCCUCCGUUUACAGUGCCUAGCCCUUAACGAAAAUCAGUUCAAGCUAUCCAUUAUUGACAACUAUUAUGGUCAAAGUCAUUUUCGGUUUGAGUUGGAUCAUGCUCAGACAAGCAGGUUGAUGUCCCAAUUCUCCUCUUUAGCAGUUGCUCCUAGUAUCUCUAUACGAAAAAAUCCCCCAAUUUGGACUGCAAAGCAGAGGUUCCCUUUGACCAACAAGAUAAAUGAAAGUGGAGCUUUUGAGCCACCGGCUUUGACGGAUAAUUUUUCCAACUAUGAUGAUUCUAUUUCUACAUCAACCACUACAGAUAAUUCCCUCUCUCUGAAUGGAAACAAUCAACUGAUGGAGGUAACCAACCAAAUGGAACAAUUUGAUGAAAACGAUCUUAUCUACAUGAAACUAAAGGAACUGACUCUCGGAAAUAAGUUUGCGGAUGCUAAUACUAUAGCUGGUGUGGUAGGAAAGUCAUCCACAAGUGAUGAUGACCAGGUGACAUCAGGGAAUAGGAACAGCGGAAGUUCUUCCGAUCAAUUUGAUUAUCCUUCUCUGGUUGAGAAGUUGUACAUUGAAAUAGAAGAGCUAAGGACCUUUAAGCAAGAACAAAUUAUAAAGACAGAGAGUUUGGAAAAGAAGCUGGAUGAGGCAGAGCAAGAAAUUCUUCGAUUGGAAAAUAGAUGCUUGGCACUGGAGUACAUGUCUGAUGUUUCUAAGCAGCCUGUGGAUGCUCAAACGCUGGUGGAGUCACCGGAUGAAUAUUACUUAAAUACUAAUGAGUCAAUAUUGAUAGUGGGUGGACAUGAUGGGGUGUCUUGGUCAUCAGCAUUGCAGUCCUUCUCACCUUCAGAAGAUAUCUUAAGAUCUCUUAAGCCUAUGUCUUCAGCUCGAUGGAAUGCUCCAAUCGUGACAUUAAAUGGAGAACUCUAUGUAUUUGGUGGCGGAAGUGGUUCUAAGUGGUAUGAUACAGUUGAGUCCUAUAACAUUGUAAACAAUGAGUGGACUCUGCGUCCUUCCCUGCUCAAAGAAAAAGGCAGCUUAGCUGGUGCGACCUUAAAUAAUAAAAUAUUUGCAAUGGGUGGAGGAAAUGGGGUGGAAUUCUUCUCAGAGGUAGAAAUGCUUGAUCCAUUUAUUGGAAGGUGGAUUCCUUCACGCUCAAUGCUCCAGAAGCGGCUUGCUCUUGCUGCUGUGGAGCUGAAUGGUGCACUCUAUGCCGUUGGGGGAUACGACGGACAUGAAUAUUUAAAGUCUGCUGAAAGGUUCGACCCCAGGGAAAAUUCAUGGACCAGAAUUGCGAGUAUGGAAGUAAAAAGAGGCAUCCACUCACUUGUUACAAUGAAUGAAAAAAUAUAUGCGCUUGGUGGUUUUGAUGGAACGGCAAUGGUGCCCAGUGUUGAGAUUUAUGAUCCACGACGUGGAUCUUGGAUGACUGGGGAACCCAUGAAGCAUGGCAGAGGCUACCUCGCUGCUGGUGUUCUUCACAAAUCUAUUUACGUCAUUGGAGGGAUUAACACUGCUGAAAAAAUCAUCGAAACGGUUGAGUGUUACAAGGAAGGUGCAGGUUGGGAAGCAACAAACUUGAGGGCUGUUGGAAAGAGAUGCUUUGCCUCGGCCAUUGUUUUAGAAGGGAAAUGAAGCGAUAUACUGAAUAUUACUAUGAUAUAUAAUUUUGAAAAUGUUCAAUUCUAUAGAAAUUAGAUCAUUUUGCAUAUAAAAUCUAUGAAUGAAUUUUAGUUUCUUGGUGCA